ACGGAGCUUUGUUAUUACAUCCCAGUAUGGCGCUCAGCAAGACUUUUGGGCAAAAACCUGUAAAAUUUCAGCUGGAGGAGGAUGGAGAUUUUUAUAUGAUCGGAUCGGAGGUUGGCAAUUACCUUAGAAUGUUCCGAGGUUCCCUCUAUAAGAGAUAUCCAUCGUUGUGGAGAAAACUGGCAUCGGUGGAGGAGCGCAAGAAGAUUGUAGAAUCGUCACAUGAUCAUGGAUACACCACCUUAGCCACUAGCGUGACCCUGCUGAAGGCCUCGGAGGUGGAGGAGAUAUUUGACGGGAACGAUGAGAAGUACAAAGCUGUCUCCAUCAGCACCGAGCCCCCCGCCUACCUCAGGGAACAGAAGGCCAAGAGGAACAGUCAGUGGGUUCCCACUCUGCCCAACAGCUCUCACCACCUGGAUGCCGUCCCCUGUUCUACCACCAUCAACCGCAGUCGCCUGGGCCGUGACAAGAAGAGAACCUUCCCUCUGUGCUUUGACGACCACGACCCAGCCGUGAUCCACGAGAACGCCACCCAGUUUGAGGUUCUGGUUCCCAUCCGACUGGACAUGGAGAUAGAGGGACAGAAGCUCCGAGAUGCUUUUACCUGGAAUAUGAAUGAGAAGCUGAUGACCCCGGAGAUGUUUGCUGAGAUUCUGUGUGACGACUUGGACCUCAACCCGCUUGCCUUCGUCCCUGCCAUCGCCUCUGCCAUCCGGCAGCAGAUUGAGUCCUACCCAACGGACAGCAUCCUGGAGGAACAGACGGACCAGAGGGUCAUCAUCAAGUUGAACAUCCACGUGGGAAACAUCUCCCUGGUGGACCAGUUUGAGUGGGACAUGUCGGAGAGGGAGAACUCGCCGGAGAAGUUCGCCCUGAAGCUUUGCUCUGAGCUCGGCCUGGGCGGAGAGUUCGUCACCACCAUUGCCUACAGUAUCCGGGGACAGCUGAGCUGGCACCAGAGGACAUACGCCUUCAGUGAGAACCCCCUGCCCACAGUGGAGAUAGCCAUUAGAAACACAGGGGAUGCUGAUCAGUGGUGCCCCCUACUGGAGACACUAACAGACGCAGAGAUGGAGAAGAAGAUCAGAGACCAGGACAGAAACACGAGACGAAUGAGGCGACUGGCGAACACGGCGCCCGCGUGGUAGAACAUAGGCGUUAUCGCCCCCUGGAGGAACGGCGGCCGUGUGACGAGGUACGAGGCUGCUGUGAUUCACAAAGCUAAUGGCAGCAAACAGCAGAGACAUUCCCUCAACCAGCUGCCCCCGAGCAGCUCCUCUUUACCAAAUGCCUCUGUCCUCAACUCAGUCGUGACCCUUUUUAAACCCCGACAAGUUCUGUUCGUGUUUUUUUUAAAAUGAGAAUUUGUUUUGUUAGACCAAGUCCCGUUAGAAAAUUGCCCUCCAUUGUGUUCCCUCCCAAUCCCUGAUGUGGAGAAGCUGUUCUGACUUUGACCACUGGGUCUCUUUGCCACAAAGGGAAAACGACACACAGCCAAUUUCAGAUAAUAUAUGAUGUUGUAUUUGUUGUUUUUGUACAUUUUAAUAAUUCUUACAAAAUAAAAGUCAAUGAUCUUGAUGUGACUCUGUUGUAAUGUGCACUGGGUGAGAAGGAAUAAGCUCUGAAACAUCCUGGGCGGGACCUUUGUUUCUUGGCGGUUGAGCCACGGUGCGGCUGAUGUUGAAACGAAUGGUUUUGUUCAGUUUCCACGGCAACCGAGUCGUGUGUUGUGCUAAGCAGUUUCUAUUCUGAGGCCCUCACAAAGGCCGUGU